AUGUCCCCCGAUCUCUGAAUGGUGUUGGAUGCUAUGAGGCACUGCAUCAGCUUGGCGUUGCAGCUGGAUACAUGACAGGCACACAGGAUGCUCUCGUUGCUGGCGUCCCAUGCCCUGAGUGCCCCAACAGCUGGUGGCUCGACAGUCGCGUUGUAUCCCCGGGUCCUCGAGGCGUCUGCAAUGGAAAUGUCUUGUCAGUGGCAUACAGCUUAUAACUGGAAGAUACCCAGCUCCUAUGCUCUACAGUGGUAUAAUGUAUAGAAUGGGCAGGCCUAUUUUAGAACUACAUCAGUUUAGAUGUUAUUCCUCUGGAGGAAGAAAAGGCUUUAUAUCAGGAUUUGUCGAAAACAUCAAGCAAGAAUUAGCCAAAAAUAGAGAGAUGAAAGAAAGUAUUAAAAAAUUCCGAGAUGAAGCGAAAAGGCUAGAAGAAUCUGAAGCGCUCCAGGAAGCGAGGAAGAAAUAUAAAACGAUUGAAUCUGAAACUGUUAAGACAUCUGAAGUGAUUAAAAAGAAGCUUGGAGAACUAACUGAUACAGUUAAAGAGGGUUUGGAUGAAGUAAGUAAGAGUGAUAUUGGACGGAAGAUAAAAGAAGGUGUAGAAGAAGCAGCCAAGACGGCAAAACAGUCUGCAGAGUCAGUGACCAAAGGAGGGGAGAAACUGGGCAAGACAGCAGCAUUCAAAGCCAUUUCUCAGGGAGUAGAAACAGUUAAGAAGGAAAUGGAUAUAAUAGGGCAGACGGGUCCUUACAAACGUCCAGAGCGACUAAGGAAAAGGACUGAAUUUUCUGGAGAGAGGAUCAAGGAGCAGAGAAUAUUUGAAGCUAAUGAGGAGGCCAUGGGUGUGGUGGUACACAAGGAUUCCAAAUGGUAUCAACAGUGGAAAGAUUUCAAGGACAACAACGUGGUCUUCAAUAGGUUUUUUGAAAUGAAAAUGAAAUAUGAUGAAAGUGAUAACGCAUUCAUUCGAGCCUCCAGGGCUGUGACAGACAAAGUCACAGAUUUAAUUGGUGGGUUGUUUUCAAAGACAGAAAUGUCUGAAGUUUUGACUGAGAUUCUCAAAGUGGACCCAGCCUUUGACAAAGACCAGUUUCUAAAGCAAUGCGAGAAUGAUAUAAUCCCUAAUGUUCUGGAGGCUAUGAUAUCUGGGGACCUUGAUAUCCUGAAAGACUGGUGCUACGAAGCAACAUACCAUCAGCUUGCUCAUCCAGUCCAACAAGCCAAAGCAAUGGGUCUCCGGUCCCACUCCAGGAUCCUUGAUCUUGAUAACGUUGAUUUGGCUAUGGGGAAGAUGAUGGAGCAAGGACCAGUAUUAAUUAUCACUUUCCAGGCCCAGGUUGUUAUGGUGAUUAAGGAUCAGAAAGGGGAGGUGGUAGAAGGUGAUCCGGACAAAGUGCUGCGGAUGCUGUAUGUGUGGGCGCUCUGCAGAGACCAGGAUGAGCUCAACCCGUAUGCUGCCUGGAGGUUGUUGGACAUUUCAUCAUCUAGCACAGAACAGAUCCUCUGAGAAGAAUUCCAUCCAACUGCUUCCUAUACCUCUGCCUCACGAAAAUGCCAUCUCUGAACUCGUACCAAUCUACACCAUAAUGAGAGAACUGCGUGAAAUAGCCUAGAUUGGUUCCUUUUCAGAAGAGGAGGCUAUUAGGUGUGACACCAUUUUACUGAUUCCUGUUGUGAACUGCCUGGGUCUGACAUGGCUGUAGCCAUUACACUAUAAGAAUGUGUACCAUACAUAUAACCAUGAAUGAUAUAAGACACUAGCAGCUGCUGUUGCUUCCUUUUUUUAAUUUCAGCUGGGGGAGGCUAAUCUUUCUUUCUGGUGUUCCCUAGUGCUUCCUGAUUACCUGGUGAGGGUAGGUGUUGGAUGUUAGCAGUGGGAAAGAAGGUAUAGUUUGCAGAAUCUGCAUCUACAGAAACAAAGAGAGCCUCCCAAGCUCCCUGACAGGCUCUUGCAGCGCUUUCAGGGAUUUACCAGUGCCAGCUGAUAUACACUUCUUUUACUAGGUUGCACCGAUAAGCCUUCUGUUGCUGCAGGGUCGUGCACUUUACUAAACCAGCCAAGCCAGUAUCCAGCCCUGCCAGCAGCAGUGAGCCUGGUUUCCAGUGAUGUUAUACAUUUCCCCUCCAAUACAUGUGGAUCCCACAGCUUGGCAGGAAGAGCCUUGAUAGUUGCAGUGUUUCUAUUCAUUACAUCGACAAAAAUUCUCUGGAGGUCACGUGACAUUUGGUGCUGAACACAUCUAUCUGAAUGGCGUGCAAGUGGACAGCAGCAGUUACCUGCUGGGAGCUCUAGCUGCAUUGGAGACAUGGGCAGAGCUUUGGAACACUGGCCAGAAGUAAGAGGAACGGGCAGAAAAAGCUGGCAUCUGCUGUGGAUUUAGCAACAAAGUGCAAAAAUUUGGUACGUCACUGUCCCCUUCAGCUGACCGAAGGAGAGAUGACCUACUCUGGACUUAUUAAGGGAGCACUCUCUUCAUCCAAGUAGAGAUUUAUGCUGCAGUAAAAGGGAGCACCUGGCAUCCUACCAGAGCAUGGGGGGCAGCUGCAGAGUUGCUGGCACACCCCAAGCUGACCGGUUCUGGGCUAAUAAAGGUUCCUUUUGAGAGGUU